UUAUUUACUCCUAGACUUGAAGCCCAACUUCAGCGGCCCUCCUCCCUCCUCCAUGGCUGCCGGCCCCGAUGCCUAUCUCCAGGGCAACAUCAGGAUGACUCUGGAGGACCCUGAUCUCUGGAAGUCCUUCCAUGGAAUAGGAACAGAGAUGAUUAUCACUAAACCUGGAAGGAGGAUGUUUCCACACUGUAAAGUAAAUCUUUCCGGGCUCAUUCCAUGUGCCAAGUACAUUUUACUGGUUGACAUGGUCCCCGAAGAUGGUUUCAGGUAUAAGUGGAAUAAAGAGAAAUGGGAGGUGGCAGGAAAAGCGGAGCCCCAGCCUCCCUGCAGGACCUACCUCCACCCUGACUCUCCGGCCCCAGGGAGCCACUGGAUGAAGCAAUCCGUCUCCUUCCUCAAGCUCAAGCUCACCAACAAUACGCUCGACCAGCACGGCCAUAUAAUUUUGCACUCCAUGCAUCGCUACCACCCGCGCUUCCACAUCGUCCAGGCAGAUGACCUGUUCAGUGUCCGCUGGAGUGUUUUCCAGACCUUCACCUUCCCUGAGACUUCCUUCACAGCAGUCACAGCCUACCAGAACACCAAGAUCACAAAGCUGAAGAUUGAUCACAACCCAUUUGCAAAAGGUUUCCGGGAUGAAGGCACUAACAAAAAAAGGCGUGCAAGCAAGAACCCAGCCUGCCUCGAGAAACGGGCCAAGAUGUCAGACGGCUUGAACAGGGACUCUGAGGAGGGCAGUCCAUCAGACUUCUGCCGGUCAUCGUUUGAGGGCUAUGACGGAGAGGAAGGAGACCUGCCCAAAGAGAAAGAGGGCGAUGCCGUCAAAGAGGAGCGUUACUCCCCGUGGGCUGUUGAGAGGGAUCCCAGUGUGAGGACUGACUCCCCUGCUGGGACAGACCCCAGGGACAUGUACAACACAGAGCAGCUUGUUCCUGCUCCAGCUUCCUACCAGCCGUACAGGUUCCACGAGUAUGGAAAGUCCCCCUCUCCCACCUCCAGCAUCGGCAGCAGCUACAGUGGAUCAGGACGCAGCAGCUUUGAGUCCAGAGUCCCUGAUGUCGCCACCGUCCCCGAUCAUGAUUCUUCAAAGCCCCGUACACAUGAGAUUGGCCCUUCCCCUUGCGGCCCGCAGGACUACACCGGGGUCCUCAACAUGACUAUGGCCCAGGCAGGCAAGCCAGGGGUGAUCGGCCACCACAUCUACAGCCCAUAUGGCGCUGAGCAGCCCCUGGGCCAGUGGAGCAACCCCGGUCCCGCCCAGUACCCACCUCCUCACCACCUGACUGCUGACUACACCACGCAAGCUGUGCACCACGGCUAUCACCAUGGCAACGUGGCCGAGUGGAGCCAGUACCCGCUGUUCUCUUAUUCCUGCUGGUGAAGGGACCUUCAGUGUUAACUGACUGAGAGUGACUUUACCAAUGCUGCAGCUGAUGCAGAGCUCACAGCUGCGAAUGCAUGCCCAGACCAGGCUGAGGGCCAGAGGCCUGAGACAAAAAAAACUGGAAAGAUGACAAGAAGUAUAAGGAGCCGCCUGCUGCUGCCUUCUGGACUGACAGGAUUCAGACUCCAGUUACGCCGAUUGAAACUAAAGUGUGCUGCUCCGUGCUGAUUGGUUGUUUUAUGGUUGCAAUGUCUAUUUAUUUUGUAUUUCAUCUCAUCUCCAAGUGUAAAUAUUAUUUUUGUAAAAAUAAAAAAAGAAAGAAUAAGGGUGCAAUGUAUGUUUAUCCUCAAACUGUGACGUGAUCUGAAAAUAAAAACCUAAAAAAAAA